UGAGAUCGGCAUGUACUACUUUUUAUAAGGCUGGACUGCGUUUGCCCAAGGCCUCGCACAAUUGAGUGGUUGCUUCCAUUGCCGUGCCAAUUCCGGAUAGUCUAGCUUCCGAAGAUCUGUCUGAAGAAGCAUACAGUCGAUAAAGUCCCCUUCAAGCAUGCCUAAUCGUGCAUCACGCCCACAUCACUUUUCAUCCCCGAAACACCAUAGCUCAUCUAGGACUGCCCGCAGCCCAUUCACAGUCGCAUCAUGGCUGCCGUCACCAUCAACCUGCCAUCCAAGUACGCGCCCAAUCAUGCCAAGAAGACCGGCCCUGAAGGCCCAACGCCAACGCCAUCUCUAGAGUGGCUCACACGCACCUGGUGUGUGACCCAUUCCACCCUCUCCAUGUGGCGAUCAGCCCGCAAUGUGAGGAUCACGUACAAACCUCUCGCCGCAAAGCCAGACGGGACACCGCGCAUCGACGACCUGGUCGAGUAUGAGCCCAUCAAGAAGCAGGGCGUGCGCAAGAGCGUCGAGGGCGUGGACACGCGCGCCGCCGAUGGAGGCUGGGAUUGGAAGGGUAAAGGCUGGCUGUUCUUUGUGGGGAGUCACUGGGAGAUCUUGGCCUGGGGCGAGGAGGCUGAUGGAGAGAGGUGGGCCGUGACGUGGUUUGCGCCCACGGUAUUCACAAAGGAGGGGAUCGAUGUGUACUGUGAUCGAAAGGAGGGCAUCAGCGAGGCCACAUGCACCAGGAUACUGGAAGCCCUGAAGGCGGUUGGGGUAAAGGAGCUGGUGCAGAUGGUCGAGAGCGACAUGAGGGCCGUGGAGAUCCAAUUGCCUUGGACUGAGGCGUGAUGUUCCAUUCCGUUAGCGAGAU